UAGAAGAUGUAGCAGUAGUAGAUUUAGCAGUAAUAGAUGUAACAGUAGAUGUAGCAGUAGUAGCAGUAGUAGAUGUAGCAGUAGUAGAUGUAGCAGUAGAUGUAGCAGUAGAUGUAGCAGGAGUAGAUGUAGCAGUAAUAGAUGUAGCAGUAAUAGAUGUAGCAGUAGUAGAUGUAGCAGUAAUAAAUGUAGCAGUAGUAGAUGUAGCAGUAAUAGAUGUAGCAGUAGUAGAUGUAGCAGUAGUAGCAGUAGUAGAUGUAGCAGUAGUAGCAGUAGUAGAUAUAGCAGUAGAAGAUGUAGCAGUAGUAGCAGUAGUAGAUGUAGCAGUAGUAGAUGUAGCAGUAACAGAUGUAGCAGUAAUAGAUGUAGCAGUAGUAGAUGUAGCAGUAGAUGUAGCAGUAGUAGAUGUAGCAGUAGUAGCAGUAGUAGAUGUAGCAGUAGAUGUAGCAGUAGUAGAUCUAGCAGUAAUAGAUGUUGCAAUAGUAGAUGUAGCAGUAGUAGAUGUAGCAGUAAUAGAUGUAACAGUAGUAGAUGUAGCAAUAGUAGCAGUAGUAGAUGAAGCAGUAGAUGUAGCAGUAGUACAUGUAGCAGUAGUAGCAGUAGUAGAUGUAGCAGUAUUAGAUGUAGCAGUAGUAGAUGUAGCAGUAGUAGAUGUAGCAGUAAUUGAUGUAGCAGUAGUAGCAGUAAUAGAUGUAGCAGCAACAGAUGUAGCAGUAAUAGAUGUAGCAGUAGUAGCAGUAGUAGAUGUAGCAGUAAUAGAUGUAGCAGUAGUAGCAGUAGUAGAUGUAGCAGUAAUAGAUGUAGCGCUAAUAUAUGUAGCGGUAAUAGAUGUAGCAGUAGUAGAUGUAGCAGUAAUAGAUGUAGCAGUAGUAGAUGUAGCAGUAGUAGAGGAGGGGCAGUUGCAGCCAUUUUUAACUCUAGUCUGUUAAUCAGCCCUAAACCUAAACUAGAUUAUAAUUCAUUUGAAAGCCUCGUUCUUAGUCUUUUACAUCCAACCUGGAAAACCUCGCAACCAGAGUUUUUAUCCAGUUUAGUUCUUAAAUCAGAUAAAGUUAUUAUUGUAGGCAAUUUUAACAUUCAUGUCGACGUCGAUAAUGACUCCCUGGCUACCGCGUUUAUCUCAUUAUUAGACUCCAUUGGCUUCAGUCAGGGUGUACAUGAACCCACUCAUUGUUUUAACCAUACCCUCGAUCUGGUUCUGACGUAUGGAAUUGAAAUUGAUAACCUCCACAGAAUCCCUCGCUUUCGGAUCA